AUAGAGACCUGCGAUGCGACUUCUGGUUCCUCCAGGAAGGUUGCGAUGCGGUUGAUGGCAAUCCGAGCCUGAAUGAUCUCUACGAAAUAGUAUGGUGCGGCUGAUCAAACGGUCACGUGUUUGUGCGUGUUCUCAAGAAUCCGCUCGCACCGUUCAAGGGUGAUCUGUGCGACAUAGCCUGAAGCAACGUGUUCAGAGAGAAGCCAGCAGUCGGAGAAAUUCCUCACGGUGAAGGCCUUGGCGAUGGUCAAUGUGUUACCCAGUGCGACGUAGGUCGUGAAAGAGAUGAUGGAGAUCAGUGCAGGGGGGAUGGACCAGACGCUAGUGCUCUUUGAGCCAGAC